AUGGCUGGUGCAUCUACACUUGAUAUAUUACUUGAAAAUUGGACAAAUCAUCGUGAUAAAACUCUUUCUAUGAUUAAUAGACAACAGAACUUUUCUCUUCUUCUUUUAAAUGUUUCUAGUUUAAACCGGUAUUUAGUCGAUGUUAUAAAUUUAAUUAAUUCCAGUUCACCUCAAAUUGGUAUCUUAAAUGGUACUCAUCAUGAUGAAAAUGCUAUUAAACGGUUUACAUCUCACUUCUUCAAUUUCAACGUCUUCUCUAUGAGAGGAUCGAAUAUGUUUGGUGGUGUUUUAACUGCGGUACACAAAUCAAUCCGUUCUCAACGAAUAGCUAAAUUUGACAAUUUAUAUAUAAGUUAA